AUGCCUCCUCGGGUAUUCGUGCACGGCGAACCUUAUGCAUCCAACAUCUUCCUCAUCAAUGACAGUCACAAAAUCGCUGCUGUUAUAGAUUGGACAGGUUUGUUUUCUUAUGUGAAGCAAAAUAAUUACGACUGGCAAAUGAAAACUAUUAUAUGUACCGUCAUAUCACCGCUAGGCAAAUUUGUAGUCUCCGAAUGGAAACAAUAA